GGGCAAGUCCGGGGAGAAAGCAACAGUUCCCAGCGCCCCGUAAAAUUACGACCCUCGCCUCCCCGAGUGGUGCAUUGCUUUCCCCGUCUCCGGCGCGCUGGCUCUUCGGUGGGAUUAGAAGCUUCUUCUUGGCAGCGGCAGCAGCCAUGAAUUCAGCCGAGCAAACCGUUACAUGGCUGAUCACCCUGGGGGUGCUGGAGUCGCCCAAAAAAAGCAUCUCCGACCCGGAGGGAUUUUUGCAGGCAUCUCUGAAAGACGGGGUGGUUCUCUGCAGACUGCUGGAUCGCCUGCUGCCGGGUACUAUAGAUAAAGUUUAUCCGGAGCCGCGCACCGAGAGCGAGUGCCUGAGCAAUAUCCGCGAGUUUCUUCGGGCAUGCGGCGCCACCCUUCGCCUGGAGACAUUUGAUGCAAAUGAUCUCUACCAAGGACAGAACUUCAGUAAAGUGCUUAGUUCCUUGGUGGCACUAAAUAAAGUAACAGCAGAUAUUGGUUUAGGGAGUGAUUCUGUGUGUGCAAGGCCAUCAUCUCACCGGAUAAAGUCUUUUGAUUCCUUGGGAUCCCAGUCUUUACACAGUAGAACUUCAAAACUUUUUCAAGGCCAGUAUAGAAGUCUGGAUAUGACAGAUAACAGCAACCACCAACUAGUGGUAAGAGCUAAAUUUAAUUUUCAACAGACAAAUGAAGAUGAACUUUCUGUUACAAAAGGAGAUAUUAUUCAUGUUACAAGAGUAGAAGAAGGAGGCUGGUGGGAAGGAACUCACAAUGGCAAAACAGGAUGGUUUCCCAGCAAUUAUGUGCGAGAAGUAAAAUCCAGUGAAAAACCUGUCUCUCCCAAAUCAGGAAGCUUGAAAAGUCCUCCAAAAGGGUUUGAUACAACUGCUAUUAGCAAAAGCUAUUACAAUGUGGUGCUACAGAAUAUUCUGGAAACAGAAAAUGAAUAUGCUAAGGAAUUACAGACAAUGCUUUCUAGCUAUCUGCGACCCUUACAAACUAGUGAAAAAUUACAUUCUGCAGAUACUUCAUAUUUAAUGGGAAACCUAGAAGAAAUUAGUUCUUUUCAACAAAUGCUUGUACAAUCUUUAGAAGAAUGCACUAAAUUACCUGAAGCCCAGCAGAGGGUUGGGGGUUGCUUCCUAAAUCUCAUGCCACAAAUGAAAAACUUAUACCUUAUAUAUUGUGCCAAUCACCCAUCAGCAGUAACUGUUCUUACAGAACACAGUGAAGAAUUAGGAGAAUUCAUGGAGCUAAAAGGAGCCAACAGUCCUGGGAUUCUUGUACUGACCACAGGCCUGAGCAAACCUUUUAUGCGUUUAGAUAAAUAUCCCACAUUACUCAAAGAGCUUGAAAGACACAUGGAGGAUUAUCAUCCUGACCGACCAGACAUUCAGAAAUCCAUGACAGCUUUCAAAAAUCUUUCUGCACAGUGCCAAGAAGUACGGAAAAGAAAAGAACUUGAACUCCAGAUAUUAACUGAAGCCAUCCGGUGCUGGGAAGGAGAAGACAUUAAAACAUUAGGAAAUGUAAUUUACAUGUCACAAGUUAUGAUUCAGUGUGCUGGCAGUGAGGAAAAAAAUGAAAGAUACCUUCUUCUUUUUCCUAACAUUUUGCUGAUGUUGUCUGCCAGCCCAAGGAUGAGUGGCUUUAUCUACCAGGGAAAGCUUCCAUUAACAGGGAUGACCAUCACAAAACUAGAAGAUAGUGAAAAUCACAGAAAUGCAUUUGAAAUAUCAGGCAAUAUGAUAGAGCGGAUAUUGGUAUCUUGUAAUAAUCAACAAGAUUUGAAUGAGUGGGUAGAUCAUCUUCAGAAACAAACCAAAGUAACAACUGUUGGAACUCCUGCAAUUAAACCACAUUCUGUUCCUUCUCAUACGCUUCCAUCUCAUCCUGUAACACCAUCUAGCAAGCAUGCAGAUAGCAAGCAAAUGCCGAUGACUCCUGUCUAUCAUACCCUUCCACACCCUUCACAUCAUGGGACACCUCAUACCACUAUAAACUGGGGACCACUGGAGCCACCUAAAACUUCUAAGCCGUGGAGUUUGAGCUGUUUACGACCUGCACCUCCGUUAAGGCCUUCAGCUGCGCUCUGUUAUAAAGAGGAUCUCAGCAAAAGCCCGAAAACCAUGAAAAAACUGCUGCCCAAGCGAAAACCAGAACGGAAACCAUCAGAAGAAGAAUUUGCUCUGAGAAAAAGUACAGCGGCAUUAGAAGAAGAUGCUCAGAUUCUAAAAGUCAUUGAAGCUUAUUGCACAAGUGCCAAAACACGUCAAACAUUAAACUCAACAUGGCAAGGCACUGACCUGAUGCAUAAUCACGUCUUGGCUGAUGAUGACCAAUCCAGUCUAGAUUCCUUGGGUCGUCGCAGUAGCCUUUCUCGUUUGGAGCCUUCCGACCUCUCUGAAGACUCUGACUAUGACAGUAUAUGGACAGCUCAUAGUUACAGAAUGGGCUCUACAUCUCACUCCCGUAAAGAAUCUGCUCCCCAAGUACUACUUCCAGAGGAAGAAAAAAUUAUUGUAGAAGAAACAAAAAGUAAUGGUCAAACUGUGAUAGAAGAAAAAAGUCUUGUUGACACAGUAUAUGCAUUGAGGGAUGAAGUACAGGAAUUAAGACAGGAUAAUAAAAAGAUGAAGAAAUCACUGGAAGAAGAGCAAAGAGCUCGUAAGGAGCUUGAAAAGCUUGUCCGGAAAGUUCUAAAGAGUAUGAACGAUCCUUCUUGGGAUGAAACGAAUUUAUAAAUAUAUAUAUUUAUAUUUUAUAUAUAUAUAUAUAUAUUUCUUUCUAUUGAAAGACCAGUUGUCAAAUCUAACUCUGGAAGUCUUCUGAUAUUUAGUCAGUGUUGCAUAUAGAGCACUACCAAUCAGGAUUAAACUGGAUUGAAUUAUGUUUCGUUAUAUAUAUAUAAUAAUAUUCAGUCCAUUUAUGAAGCUGUCUUUACUUAAGUAUAGAUAGCGUGGAUCCUGAACUUGACCUGUCUUUACUUAUUUCCAUUUAAACUGCCUCAUUUUGCAACAAGUGCAACAGUUGGCUAAGAAAUCCAUCUCCCUCUUGUAAAUAUUUAUAAUUUUGAAUUUUAUGUGAUCAGUGUAUCAGGACUGAUAUAGUAUUCUGUUGUCUUCCUGUAAUGAUUUCAGCUAAGCAGCAAACAUAGCAGUGGCUGAUGAUACGCUCCUAACAUUUACUGAAAAUUAUACACUGUUAGAUGAAUUGUUUUGAAUUUUUCAUUCUCAGGCAUCAGAUAGGAAACAUUUCUGGUAAUUCCCAGCAUAUUUCCCAGUAUUCAGCCUAUUUUAAUAAUUUAAUUAAAUUUAUUUAUGUCUGUUUAAACCUUCAGACACCAUUUUAACAUGAAUUUUAAAACUACCGACUGUCAAUGCAGUAAACUGUCAGUUGGCAUCAUUUCAUAUUAAAGGUAAAUAUUUUAAGAAUCAAGACUUACAUGUUUCUUUUUGGCAUGUUAAAAUGCAAAAUAGUCAAGUUAAGACAAAUGUGCUUGCUCUUAUUUUUAGUGGCUAGUUCUUAGAUAAUUUGUAUAUUAGAAUUUGCAGUAGUUGUGCAUAUAUUAAACAACUGGCAAAUGCUUUAAUGAAUCACUCGGUACUGUUGUCAUAAGAGAAGUACAAGUCCAUGAUGUGUUUGUUUUGUGAAAUAAAUGUAUUAUUUAUUUAUUAUUUUUGCAUGAACAUAGCAAGUUUUAGGUUAACAUAUGUCUGUAGUGCUCUAGAGUCAAAUCUUGUUUUACUGUGCAAACAUAAUCUUUUUUUCCUUCUACGAUCUAAACAAAAUAAUAAUCCUCUGACCUCCGUUUUAUUUAUAUAUAGAAAAACACACUAAAAAUGGCUUUCUGAAAAGCAAUCAUCUAUGGUGCUGUAACUUUAUGUUGGUUGUUUGAAAUGUAUGUAGAUAUGGGAAAGUACAUAUGGAUUCUUUUAAAUUA